AAACACUUCCAAACAUAUGACGAGGUAAACAGAUACACGUUGGCUGCAGAGAUGUGACUGCUUAAAUGCAGUUGCUACGAAAUAUGUCACUCGGAUAAUGCAGAUGGAAACGGACGAAUACGAGUUCCACUACGUUAAAAAGGAGAGUGCAGAGGAGGAGGGCCGCGGCGGAAGACGGGGUCGGCGCAGUUCGGGCAGCUCUGUUGGCACUUCGGCGUCAGGCGGAGGAGGGCGCAGCAGCAGCGGCGGCAGUGGCAGUGGAAGCAAGCGGUGUGAUAUGCGAGCCAAGCUGGAGCGCAGCCGACAGAGUGCGCGCGAGUGCCGGGCACGCAAGAAGCUGCGCUACCAGUACCUUGAGGAAUUGGUGGCCGAUCGAGAGAAGGCCGUGCUGGUGCUGCGCCACGAGCUCGACAUGUACCGACAGUACUUCAAGGAGAUGGACCAGGGCAACAUUCCUGAGGCUGUGCUCGAAAUCCUAGAGAAGGAGCAAGAAGAGCGCGAGCAGCAAAUCCCUCAACAAGAGUGAUGCAGCAAAGCCUUGUGGCGACAGGCUGGUGUGACAGUGUUGGUUUAUUUGAGCGAAUUGCAGCAGCACAGGGUGUGUGUGUCGGGGCAGAGGUGAGUUGCGGUUCAUUACUGUCCCCUGGCGCGUCUUACUGGCAUUGAAUCUAUUCGCCUGGAGUCUCAUACCGAUCAGUGCAAAUGGACGCGUAGAAAAGAAGGAAAAAAGCCAAGCAUUAUACACAUCAUUGCGCUGCCGGUAUGGCAGCACCAUUCCUUGUUUUAUCAAGUUGUUCUUUCCUUCGCAGGCUCUAGCACAAUAGUAUACCAACCCAACAAAAAUGUUUAUGUCGCGCGUUUUUUCGUUUCUCUCCCUUUUUUGUUAAGCAUUUUGUGCCCCGAUUUGCCCAGUUCCAAAAACGCAACGUGGGUUUAUUAGAAUUCUUGUCUAGUGUGUGGUGAUGCGACACGAAGGCCUCAUGGUGUGAAAUUAUGAAGAUGACCUGUGAAGUUAUGAUAACUGCAAGUAUUCAUCGAAAAAAACGGAGUCGCUGGAAACUUCACUGUCGCAGGGUUCUGGCUGCGUUGCAUUGUGCCUCUCAGGUUCGCAGUUCCACGAACAUCUGAAAAGUAUCGUUGAUGGUUCACGUAUAGCUGUCUGGAAUACUUGAAAAACACGGAUGCAACUAUUUUAAUGUGAUUGUUGCAGAUUUUGAAGCUUACUUAUUUGUGUUGCCGAGUUGGAAAAAAAAGAAAAGUCACGAUGUCUUUUGUGCCUAAUUCCUUAAUGCAAAGUCAUGCUCCGCACUGCUUUUUUUUUCUGCUUUGCGCUUCAUUACGGCUUGGCAGCACAUAUUUUGUAACAACAAAAGUGGGCUUGCACAGCAGUAUUUUUUUUAACUUAAGAGAAGACUAGUUACUCAUAGUCAAGGAAUCACAUUUACUUUUGUUAUACAUUUUAUACAUUUUUUAGUUCAUUACGGCAUUCUGUUGUCUCCUUGGAACAAUUUGGAACCGGGCAUGAAUGUGUCUCAUGUGAUAAUGUAAAACUGUUGUCAUGUUGAAGUCACAUGCACAGCGAUGUGUGAUAGUACCAUGCCUUGAGAACCGGUGUAUAUGAACAGCGAAUGUGAUCACAUGUUGUGCAGCGCAUGACACCUCUUGUUAUUCUCACAAAACACAGUUGUUUUCAUACGUCACGUUUUUGCAAGAAUCGUGUUAGUUCUGCACUUGUAGUGUUGCAUUGAAACUUGUUUGUAGUAUUCAAGAUUUUUAGCGUUGCAUUGUUAUGUUUUGUUGACGCAUGUGUUGCUUUCUUCGUUAAUUCAUUGGCCACAGCUCUCUAAAGAGGAGCUGUGAUUUGUUACUGGUGAUGUGUUUAGUAGGUUGUUAUUUUGAUGCAAUUUGUUCGUGGAGUCUUGUAGUUACGCCGGCAGAUUUAUGGAGUUAAUCGAGCAGUACCACGAGACAGGCACUGCUUGCUUUUCUUUUUCUUUGUUUCGCUGGUGGCUUGACUUUACCACAUAGCCUGUCAACGUUCUUGACGGUGGUGUGCGUAAUUGUUUUCGUACAAGUCACAGUUUGCUUUGUGCCAGCAGUGUCGCAGAUUAUGCUUUGCUGCUCUUUAUUUUCUGGGCUGGACGAUUGCCAAGAGACUUUAUCAUGAGGUUUUGUAAACCAAAGACAAAUGUGUCGUACAAGUGGCACAUAAAAUUACGUAACACUUCCAGUGCAAUGUUGUUAUUUGGCACCUGUUGCUGCUGUUGCGUGAAUGGAAAGAUUUAUUACGUUGGAUUAAAACCUGAAUGGAAUACCA